AUGAAAGACUUAUCAAAUUUUGUCGAAAAAUUAUCAAGUUCAGUUAUCAUUGCAUUUCUGUUUAAAAAUAAUAUUCAAAAGGAUUACGAUAAAAUUAAUAUGGGAUGCUGCUGCUGUUCUCAAGAAACCGGAGAAGUCCUGAUAAUUUCUUCACCGAACACGCUUAAACGUCAAGAAAAUAUCCUUAUUUUAAAAAAUUCUGACUCUUUUGAUGAUAUAAGUCUUCCUUCACAUGAUGAUAGUCUUAUCACAAAUACUAACCAAAACAAUGAUGGGUCUAUGCUAAACCCUACAACUCACCAGUCCACGCCAAAUUCACCUAGGCCGAGGUCUACAAGCUUUACGCCUCAUCCAACAAAAUCUGACUUGGAGUCCGCCUUUUUAUAUAAAAAACCUUUUCUUUCUAGGGCUGACACCCCGAAAUUUUCAGAUUUUUCGCUGGCUGCAGAGCUAGCUUCACGAAUUAAUAGAGAAAAGGAAGAGGGCGGAAAAAAUCGCGAAAAAAAGUCAAAUAAUGUUGUGAAUUUGAAAAUGACCGGAAAUAGCUAUGAUGAUACAAAUAAAAAAAGAUGGGAUUCUUAA